AUGUAUUAUUAUUUCAUGAAGAAUGGUAUCCCCUCACACAACAACCUAUAUAUCUUUAACGGUGAUUUUGUAGAUCGAGGAAAAAAUUCCAUGGAGGUCCUGAUGACCUUGUUUGUGAGUUUCCUCACCUGUCCCGAUUACGUGCACUUGAACAGAGGGAACCAUGAAGAUUCUAUGAUGAAUCUGAGAUAUGGCUUCACAAAAGAAAUUUUGCAUAAAUAUAAGAUAUAUGGAGCACAAAUCUUAAAAACCUUAGAAGAAGUCUAUACCUGGCUCCCAAUUGGUACGAUCAUUGACAAUGAAAUCCUGGUUGUACAUGGUGGGAUAUCAGAGUCCACAGACUUGAAUUUGCUCCAACGUAUAGACAGACACAAAAUGAGUUCCGUGCUGAUACCACCAGUAGAAAUUAGAGACCAAGCCACCAAAUCAAAAGAAAAUAAAACUGGUGAAUCUGCUACUACGCCUGAGAGAUCCAAAGCAAAUGCAUCCUCUUCUGAUCAUUUAUCAAAGCAUGAAUGGGAACAGGUUGUUGAUAUUCUGUGGAGUGAUCCAAGAACCAAAAAUGGCUGUUACCCAAACACAUGUCGAGGAGGGGGCUGCUAUUUUGGACCGGAUAUUACCGCCAAGAUUCUUAGUAAACACUGUUUGAAGUUGCUCAUUAGAUCUCAUGAAUGUAAGCCCGAAGGGUAUGACAUCUGCCAUAAUGGGAAGGUUGUUACCAUAUUUUCUGCUUCCAAUUAUUAUAAAGAAGACAGCAAUCGAGGAGCUUAUAUCAGACUAUAUGCUGGUACAGUUCCUCAAUUUUACCAAUUCCAAACAACUUCGGAAACGUGCCUGAAACCUCUUUGCGAAAGGAUGAAUAUUCUAGAAAUCAAUGCCAUCAGGGUAUUAAAAGAGAGAAUAAUUUCACAAAAAACCGACCUCACUCAUGCUUUUCAGCUUCAAGACCACGGAAAAUCAGGAAAACUUUCUCAGGGCCAAUGGGCCUUGUGUAUGGAGAGCGUUUUGGGGCUGCAGUUACCAUGGAGAACUUUGAGGCCGCAUUUGGUGAACACAGACAACGACGGCAACGUUGACUAUCUAUCCAGUUUCCAGGAUGUCCACAUCAAGAAACCUGUACAAGAGGUUCAAUCUACUGUAAUUGAAACUCUAUACAAAUACCGAUCUAACCUGGAAUUUCUGUUUAAUAUCAUCGACUCUGAUCAGUCAGGACUGAUCUCCAUAGAAGAGUUUUGUGAGACGUGGAAAAUUUUUAGUUCUCACUACGGUGUUCCUAGUGAUGAUGCCCAAAUUGAAGAGCUCGUCAAGAAAAUGGACUUCAACAAAGAUGGAAGCAUUGACUUUAAUGAGUUUUUAAAGGCUUUCUAUGUAGUGCAUAAACAUGAUACAUUGAAACCAGACGAGGACCUUGCUGAAGACAAAGGAGAGCUUCCCUCAGGUUCCUCGUAA